AUGGUCCGAGUACGCCGACGAGACGAAGGAAGGACCGGCGUGAUGCUUGUGAUGCUGUUGGUGCUGAUAGCUCAACUACCAAGCGUAUUAGUAUUCUCAGGCUUGGGGCAAUUACCUGAUUAUAUAGGGUGCUAUAAAGACAACACUGGCGAUCGUGCUCUUAGAGGAAGUGAAGUGAAGGAUGAGAGUUCCAUGUCUUGGCAGUGGUGCAUGAAAAACUGUAUAAAUUAUAAUUAUAUGGGACUGGAGUUCGGUGACGAAUGCUUCUGUGGAGAUAAUUCUGACUAUUACAGGCAUGACAAUGGUGGAACUGACUGCAGUACGACGUGUGAAGGAAACAGCGGGCAACCUGGUUAUCUAGGGUGCUAUGAGGACAGCAUAUACGAUCGUGCUCUUCAAGGAAGCGAAGAGAAGGAUGAGAGUUCCAUGUCUUGGCAGUGGUGCAUGUCUAAGUGUAAGAAUUAUAAUUAUAUGGGACUGGAGUUUGGUAACGAAUGCUACUGUGGAGAUAAUUCUGACUAUGGCAAGCAUGGCAAUGGUGGAACUGGCUGCAGUUUGACGUGUGAAGGAAACAGUGGAGAGACAUGUGGUGGAUCAGAUCGCAUUGAAGUCUACAGAGCAAGGAAUGGUCUGUGCUACAAGCCUGGACAACCAAGUCAUGGAUCAUACUCUGUAUCCCGUCCUUACAGUUACAACCUUGGUAACUAUGAGUAUGCAGGUGCUAGUUUACGUUAUACCUGCGACAGAGGUUACUAUUUUCCUGCAAAGCCUCCGACUGUCACAUGUGUGAUAGGAAAGACAUGGAACCCUGCCUACAGCACCUGCCAAGUUUACUUUGCCUGA